AUGGACAACGUACUAGCCAUCCCCCCCACGAUCGUUAGCUUCCGGGAAGAGAAAUACUUCCCUUCUUUCUCAGACCUUCCCGUCGAGAGCAAUCUCGACGCUAAUUUCUACACCUCGGUCGACGGGUCCUUCUGGUUUCCGGCGAAGCACUGGUGCUUCCUAGCCGAGAUCGUCGACUCUGUGAGGUUGGUCCGUCUCAGGGUCUACGUUCGUGACCGGGCCGGAAGGACCAUCCAGAUAGCCUUCCACACGGAGGAUCGAGGCGAGACAGUCCCUCCCCCCCUCGUCCAGAGGGGAAACACGGUCGCCAUAUUCUACGCCCAGCAGCACGCGUUCAUGGACUCUUCGUUGGGAAUACGGCAGGAAGAGCUCUCUAACAUCAAGAUCUUCCCCUAUAAACAUGAGGAUAUCCUGCAACUCAGCGAUAGGGUCCAGGCAUAUUCAGGCACGCAGGACGGAAUGCGAGUCUGCCACGGGUGCGACGCAAAGAGGGAGACGGCACUGAGGUGUGUCAGCUGCGGGUAUUUCUGGUAUUGCAACCAGGACUGCCAAGCCACGAGCUGGCAAGAAAAGGGUCAUAAGCGCGACUGCGAGAUGUUGCGAGACCCAGACCUUCGCAUGAUGUUCCAGAUUCAAUGGGACGGGCACGAUGGUCACAGAAUCUUUCCCCCGAUGUAAGAGAAAAAAAGCAUCAGGGACAAAACCCGGGGAGAACCGGAGGACG